UAUUAUGCAAAUGAGGAGAAACGCAAUCCUCGAGCAACAGAUCCAGUCCAGCCGUUGACAAUAAUGUUAAAAAUCCUCAUUUUGUUGUUCUAAUAUCAGAGAAUUUCAUGGAAGCAGUUUAGCACCCAGUCAGAGUCCUGUAAAGCUGGACAUAGCUUCUUCACUUCCUCCAGUUUGUGUGGUGCUAUGGAGAUUUGGUUGGAAAGGAAUUCUAGAAUGUUUGAGAGAAAAUCAGAUAAUGUCAGGGCUUUGUAGGAUAGAAUUUGUUGUUUGGCUUCCCUUCAGGCUUCUUUGCUCCUAGUAAAUGGACCUAUCAAAUGGACCUAUCAUGAACUGGCAGCCAAUCUCGGUUAGAAACAUCACCCCUGCAAUUGUCAAAGUUGAGCCCAGCGCUGUUGGUUCUAUGGCAUCUGGUCCUUCUUUUCCGCACAUGCCGUCUGUUCCUCGAGCGGCUUCUCAAGUAGUCCCAAGCUUGCAGGCAUCUUCCGUGUCCCAACAGACAUCAAGUGGGUUGCAAUCUGCCCAGUCUGAAUAUGUGAAAGUUUGGGAGGGAAACUUAUAUGGGCAGAGACAAGGCCAGCCUGUUUUCAUCACUAGACUUGAAGGUUUUAGGAGUGCAUCAGCUUUUGAGACGUAAGUCGACAGACUAAUUUUUGGGAAGUUGGUUUAAAUCAACUCACCUUUUCUAUUAAUAUAACUUCGUUUUCAAGUUUGUGAUAUGUUGUUCAUAUCAAAUCUAAAUAGUUAAUUAAAACAAAUUCAUGCUGAAUUUUACUUGCUUUUGUUUACUGGUGAUUCAUUGAUGCAAACUCAAGGUUAGUUUCAGUAAGAUAUGACUUGGCAGGCAUAUGAUUCAGUGGUGUGGCUUUACUUCGGAGCUCUGAAUAGUCAUGCUUUUCUCAAUGAA